UUUUCAUUAUCUUCUUCAUCAUCAUCAUGUUGGCUGUUUCUUCUCCUUUGUUUUCUACUCUUCAAUGGCCAUUGGAAGAUCCCAUCUCCCUCCAUAACCACCAUAACUCACUCUUUCCUCCUUUUGAACCUUCUGAUAAUUCAUUCUACCUCCAAUUCCCUCCGCCCCCGCCAUUGCAGCCGCCGCACGUUGACCUCGAUCACUAUCCCUCCUCCGCUACUCCGUCACCCAAAGGCGGUGCCAACGUCUCUAAGAUGGCUAAGAAACUUAACCAUAAUGCUAGCGAACGCGACCGUCGCAAGAAGAUCAACUCUCUCUACUCCUCUCUACGCUCCCUCCUUCCCUCCACCGACCAAAUGAAGAAGUUGAGUAACCCGGCGACGAUCUCGAGGAUAUUGAGCUACAUACCGGAGCUACAACAGCAAGUGGAGGGGCUAAUGAGGAAGAAAGAAGAGCUGAUGGCAGCCAUGGUUGGGCACGAAGUUAAGAGCGAUAAAGAAAAGAAAACGAAAUGCGCAGCUACGAGCUCCUCGUCGAUCGUAUCGACAAGUCGACUUGGUCAACGGGAAAUGGCGAUUCAGAUAUCCACCGACAUCAACGGCGGCCACCAGAAUUCGUUGUCGGAGAUCUUGGUUUGCUUGGAGGAGGAAGGUCUUGUUUUGUUGAAUGCUUCAUCUUUUGAGUCCUUUGAUGGGAAGGUUUUCCAUAAUUUGCAUCUUCAGAUGGAAAGCAGUAGCAGAAUGGAGCCUAAAAUGCUGAGUAAUAAGCUCUUGGAGAUGUUCCCAUGAGAGAGGGUGGAAGAAUAUGCACCACAAAAUUAAGUAAUAAUAUUAAUUAUAUUAAAAAUGUUAAUGGAUGAAAAUAUUUCAAAAUAUUCGACACGUGGCAUGUUUUGAUAGGAGUUUUAUUUAUUAACUAAAUCAAUGUGUAUUUUACUAAUUAAUUGGAUAUUUUAAGUC